AUGUCUACCACGCCUGACGUCACCGUCCAGGAGACCGGCAUCAACAAGUCGGAUCCAUCGCUUCAGCUCAUCGUCUCCCCAUUCGUCGCGUUUCUCGCCCAGUUCCCGCGCGACGUCGUUGUACCGUCCAUCCUCUUUUACCGAAAUAAUUACCCCCUGCUCAGCGUCGUUCAAUCGCAAGGAGAGACCACUAUUGUCUGCGCGCUUUCCCCACAUCCCGAAUAUCAUCGCGGAGCCAGUAGAGCAGAGACGGGGAUUCCGGGCAUCCUCGAGUGCUUCGCAGUACAACCCACAUCUCAAGGUGGACCGUACGCUGUACUCAGCGUGAAGGGACCCCUUGAUCUCACCUUGACUGGCAUCCUGAAUGAGCUCACGACUCCUCUUCGGUUGGCCAAAGUACCCAUAUACGCUAUUUCCACAUGGAACACCGACUACAUACUGGUGCCAUCAGAGAAGCUCGACAGAGCGGUGGAAGUACUGAAGAAAACUGGCUGGACAUUCGCAGACUAG